AUGGCAGAUUUUGGUGAUCUUCCAAAAGAUAUGAUUAGAAAAAUCUUAAGUGAGCAUAUUGAUAAUCUAGAAGAUUUAGAAAGUUUUGGAAUGGUUUGCAAUUCAUGGAGAUCUGAAAAGAAAGAUGUUAACUAUAUGAAUUUGAAAAACACCCAAUUUCCAUGGUUGAUGUUAGCUGAUUCACCCACAAAUUCAUAUCGGCGAUUUUACAGCAUGAGGAAAGACAUGGUUCGUAAGAUUAAUCUACCUCGAUUCGACGACGAUGACCACCGAAGGUAUUUUAGUUCAAAGGGAUGGUUGAUUGGUGUGAGUAGAAAACAAGCACUUAUCUGUUUUUUUGAUCCUUUUACUGGUAGUGUGAUCAAACCACCAAGUCAUCCACUAGUCGAGUUUUUAGACGGAGAUACAUGGGAUGAUGAAGAUUUUAUAAUCCAGUUUUCGAAAUUUGUAUUCUCGACUAGGCCAAAGACAGGUGAUGAUUUUGAGGUUGCCAUGGUGUUUCACUCAGCUAAACAUAUCGUUUUUUGGAGACCUGUGCAACAAGGGUGGAUAGAAUCUAAUGUUAGGUUGUUUCAGAUAGACGAUGUGUGUUUUUUUAGGGGAGAAUUUUAUUCCAUUGAUCAUUAUAGUCAAGUGAUAGCCUAUGGGAGCGAAAUACCAAAGAAACCAAGAAUCGUUACAAAUUUAAAAUCUCAAGGUCUUAUACCUUAUCUACCUUAUAAAUUUUACAUAGUGGUAUUAGAAACGACACAGACACUAUUGGUGAUACACAGGUUGGUGCAUCUUAAGCGCCGCAAGGAUAUUAACAAGUAUUGGAAUACUUUAUCUUUUCAGUUAUUUGAGUUGGAUGUUGACACAGGCAAAGCUAGACAAGUUAAGAAUAUUGGUAAUCGGGCUUUAUUCGUUGGUUACAACUCUACCUUUUUUGUAGAGGCAUCAUCAGCAUCAGAUAAACGUGGUUGUAGACCUAAUUGUAUUUAUUUCACAGACGACAACAUGGAAUAUUGGCUUUCCUCCUUCGAAGGAGGAGGAAUGGAUAUGGGCAUAUUUAGUUUGGAUCAAAGAAAAGUGGUUGCUCCAGAUUAUCAAGGCCCUCCUCAGUUUAGUCAGGAAACUCCACCUAUAUGGUUGGAGCUCCCUCAAUCUUAG